AUGUCUGUGUUUAUGGACAGCUCAACCGAAGCCAAGGAUGAGCGACUCAUAUCGGAUGCUACAAUUUUCGAACUCUCAAAAGCAUUUGACUAUGUUCCACACGCCCGGCGCUACGGAAACUCGAAUCUUACGGGAUUGAAAGGAAGAUCCUACCUUGGAUCAAGGCGUUCCUAUCAGACGGAUCAUUCCGAGUGGGAUGAAGUUCCUCAAGGUUCCGUUCUCGGACCACUGCUCCCUCUGAUAUACUUCAACGGCCUUCCGAUGUUCUUUCAAGUCCAUGUCCGCCUUUCCGGACGACUUGAAUUCUUGGUCUUCCGAUGCCAGUACCCUCCAAACGGAUGUAGACGCUGCAAAGCAGCUGUCGUUGGACUGGCAUCUGAAUGCCGAAGUGUAUCCAUAUGUAAUUUGGAAGAGAUUCAGCGAAUGUCUUUGUCAUGCGUGGCUUGUUUAGGUGUGUGUAUCCAAGGGCCGCUGUUCGAAAUUCGCGUCAUGAAUGGCUCUCCAGCGUUUACGGACCGAACUCUGAUUCUUUUGUCCGAUGAGAGCCGGUUCGAGCGGCGAAAAGCGUUGCUGUCAAUAAAAAAUCUCAUAUCAGACCGGGCGAAGACACUCUGCGCCUCUGAUUUCGAUUACAAGAAGUACGCACCUGCAUUGGCCAAUUCGCUUAAUGACAAUAUUGAAGUUAACCGAGAACUGGCUAUUAGUGUCGUUCGUGAAUUGUUAGAAUCCACGUCUGACUGUGCUCCUGUACUUCCUUCUCUGAUACCUGAACUCGUCAAAAGAUUGGGUCAGAAGGAUAUUGUCGAGCCUUCGGAAGAACUCCGUCUUGAAACGCUCCGUUUGGUCCAACUGAUUCUUAAAAAUCCUGUUGAUAUAUCUCCAUAUGUAGACGAUGUGCUGAUGAUUCUGCAGUAUGUUCUAAGGGACUCGUUUCCUGAGGUGAAAAAAUUAUCGUGUACCAUAGCACAAGAGCUUGCACGACGGAAACUACACCGCUUCUAUCAAAACUCUGAAUCAAUCUUGAAUCCGCUGCUCAGCAACUUCGUUCACCAACACUCAAAAGUUCGUGUUUGCGCAGUUCAGGCAGCUGGGACCGUUAUGAUCUAUAGUCAAGGAAAGCUAGUCGACCAAACUAUCGUACCACUGACUCAACGGUUAUUUGAUACCAAUGCGAGUGUGCGGCGGAGCGUAAUUGAGGUUGUGGGAUGCUGGUUGUUGGAACUCCCUGAUCGGUACUCGUACCAUACAAAAUUGAUGCCGUUGAUACUUUCCGGCUUACUGGAUGAAUCUGAUGAAAUUCGCACUUUAUCCGAAGAGCUGUGGGACGAUAUCGGUCUCAAGUACGAGAAGGAAAACGAGGAACAGCUGAAAGACAAGUUAGAUUUUGAAAAGGAACCACCGAAGCACCGCCCAUUGGGGUGUAAGAGGCCGGUUUUAGACUUGUUGGAAUUAUUUCAGUUGAUCCGUGCGACCGGUCCCCGGAAACCACCUGUGAGUGAAAUUAUCAAACACCAGAAUGGAACGACCAUCUCGAACAAAGAAGAACGCCUCGACCGAUGGGCUGAAUACUUCGAACAACAACUGUCGUGGCCACCAGCCGGCACUCAUCUAGAGCCCACAGGUGAAGUAGGACCCUGGACGGUGAACGUGGAACCACCUACGGCCUCGGAGGUUUACGACUGCAUAUGUUCCCUCAGGCGCCACCGAGCUCCCGGUCCGGAUGACCUUCCACCCGCACUGUUCAAAGACGGGGGUGAAGUCCUCAGAUGCCGGGAGUUAGUCUACCGGUCAGCUUCACGUCUCCUGCCGGCUCUUUGUCGAGACUUGGGUGACUGGCAAACUGCCACACGUUCUAAAGCAGCUGGUCUUAUCCCCAUCCUCAUACUUCAUUUGGAAGAAUGUACCACUCAGCACACUCAACAUUUGCUGACCGGAAUUGGCACGGGACUCACUGAUGCAGUCGGUCGAAUAGGUCCGUCUACCAGUGGUGUGGCAUUACUGAAGCUUGUUCCUCCACUCGCGUUCAAGGGCCAACCACUUCCUACGUACAAGCUAUCGGUUAACCAUACUGGGCCCGAAACACUGGUACCACGCAUCCCUAGUUUGUUAAACCCAAAACCGUCCGAAACCACAGAGGCGUUGAAAGUGAUUCAACAAUUGCUGUUAGCUGCUCAACUGAUCGGAUCGUUGGUCGAAGCAAAGCUCUGGUGGCAAUUACUCAAACCCUGUCUGGAUCGAUGUACAGAAUCUAACGCUCCCACUUCCUUGGCUGGUCACUUGUUCCUCCUAGCCGGUCUCGUGAGUGGAGCACCCCACGAUCAGCUCACCUCGCUCAUGGACUCCGAUCGGACGAUGGCCGAUGGAAGUGACACCAGCUCAUCUAUUCUGAUACACAAUAUUGUUGUCUAUUUGAUUAACAGUGAUCUACUAUCCGUCAUUUCAUUUGGGGCAAAGGCAGCUCUGCUAGAGUUUGCUUCCAUAGUUGUACGUCGUCUGGAGGAGGCCAUUUUUCGCCUGCGCUUCGGUCCAAAUACUGAUUCGGAGUCGACGGAGAAGGAGACACAGGAUAGGAUUGCGGAGGAUGUGGAUUCCUCGGCAUCCGAUACAAUCCUUGUGAAGGACAAGCAGCUGAGAUCAUGGUUAUUCGAAAUCCUUCUGGCCGUCGGUGCCGUUUGGGCAGACAACGAGUCAUGCGCCACCGAUUUUGGUUCAGCCCUACUACAACUAACAGACGAGGUCAUGCGUCGACUGGCAUCGUGUGAACGAGACAUCGGAGUGUAUUCGAAAGAUCCCGGCUACGAGUGCUUGCAGCCACGACCAACUCCAGGGCCUGAAUCUGGUCAGCCGUUCUAUCAAACGAGUCUUCUGGAACCUACCAUUCCCGACGACCUAGAUCGAUUCUAUGUGAAACACAUGUUGCCGCUGUUCCAACGUCUCAAAGCAAGCCAAACAGAAUCGGGCAGCUGGCAUCCACGAUCCGUCGGUCUUGCGAUCUUCUCUCGGUGUUUGCAAACAUCUGGCCCGGCGCUACUGAUGAAGCCAAGCGGGUCCACCACGGACACCUGCUUGGACAUUGUUCUCCAGCUGCUGGAGCAAGGAUGCCGUUUGAAUCGGUCACCUGGAGAAUCGGUGACAGAUAAGUCACCUGGGGGUACAGAUCCAUUGACUAUGGCAAGCGAAGCUGAGCUGCGCCUUCGAGGACUGUUAUUGCUUACUCGGUUGACCGAUAAUGGUCCCAUCCGGACCGUGCUCGCAUCACCAACCUACUUGAACCGUUGUCUCACCCAACUUGUCCUACCGGCAUGUGUUUGGAGAGCUGGUCGAACAGCAGAAGCCAUGCGUAAGGCAGCUGUGACCUGCCUGGUCGCUCUGCUCGCUGCGGCCACAAGUACCUACGAUGUUGAGGAAACCGAGACAGACAGCCGGACAGCGGAAGAAGUCCGCUUGGAUUUGUGGCUUGCUGACCACAUAGAAUCGGUGAAACGCUUGCUGGGUCCAAAAGCCCUCCAAGUAGACAGAGCUCCUUCGAGAGAUGAAGGUGUCAAACCUGUUCGAACAAGCAGUCUAUCAGGUCUCCCCGCACAAGUUCUGUCUCUGCUGCUAACGCGAUUAGGUGGUUUACUCGAAGACGACUUGGAAGCAACCAGAAAGAUGGCUUGUCUAAACUUAACUAUACUAUUCAAUGGUCUGUUGCUACCACCAACCUCGGAUAUGGUCCGUGGAGAUGAUAUUCCCAGCUUUCUGUCUUCACCAUCUUGGUUGUCUCCCGUUACGGCCAUACAAGACCGAAACGACCAUCAACAACCGGCCAGUUUGUGUCCACUUCCAAACUCCUUUGGUGAUCAAGUCUACCGCUUCUACCCCAAUCUUGUCCGACGCCUGAAUGAUGCGAAAGACCCGGUCAGAAUGCUAGUCACGGAAACAUUAAAUGCUUGGCUCCGGCUUGUUCACGAAAUGUUGGUAUGUGAUUCCAACCCUGUCCAGCCGGAACCUUCCAAGCGGCGCACACUAAACCCGGUACAUUCAGCGAUUGUCCAGGAUUUCCUAGCCGGAGUUAUGCCUCAUUUGGACGAUGCUAGCGAACCGGUUAGAGCUGCGGUAGCUCGAGUACUUGGUCGUUUGGGUCAGAUUGCACCAGACCUCACACGAGAUGCUCUGGUCUCUGCUCGUGAACGUCACCGUGCCUCAGAACUGUGCCACCAACUGACGGAGUCUAUUCACCUGUCCGAUUGACGACCUCCCACCGUCAGUCCGGUGUGCCUCUUCAGUAAGAACUUCGCAACUGGCCCCUUUGUUGGGCGCCCCACACUUUAGGUUGUGACCGGUUAUUCUCCGCAACUAUUUUGUCUUCUCGAUAAAUCUGUUCACUCCCACCUGUGUUCCUGUUCUCUUACAAAAUCUGUCAUUGAAAAGGA